CUAAAAUCUGAUUUUGCUCAUUUCCGUUAGGAACGCUCAUUGUUUUUAUUAUGUUAAGUCUACAAAGAAUACGUGUAUCACCUGAAUGACGAAAUGAUGCAACCUAAAAGAAAAGGGAAAAAAUACAAAAUUUUGUAUGCAUUUUUCUUUCACUGAUAUAUAAUAUGGCCGACAUAGUUCCUAUUGAAGCACCGAACCUUGAUGAAAAGUUACGAAUAUUAAAACCUUUACCAGUGCCCAAAAUCCCUUCAAGUCUUGAUGAUUCUUCACGAUUGUAUGUUUUGAAACUAUUAAGUCAUUGGUUAAAUGACCUGGACAUUCCACUCUACCCUUGGUGCGAAGUCUUACUUCAAAUUUGCUGUACCUUGUACGAGAAAGCUACAGCCAUCACUUCAACAAAAGAAAGGAAUGCAAUAUGCUUGCAGACAUUUACAACUAAUUCACCUAUGGAAUCAAACUUUUUGCCCAACGUUUAUCACGGUAAAAACGUUUCUACUGUCGAAUUUUCACUUGAAUUUCCAAUUGGAGGGACUAUACGUAUAUAUGGAUCGAACAAUGAAACAACAGAAUUAAAGUUAUUUGAGUUAGUUCAAAUGCUUGUCUAUUUAACGCAUAGCCUCUAUUUAGAAAGUUAUGUAAUGCAGGAUAGUCAUGUGAAAUUGAUCACUACUCCUUCAAUUAUACAAGAAAAGGCUGCAAUUAAGCAUGUGUCAGUGGAUGACAGUAGCCAUGGUGUUACUAAGAGAUCAUCGGGAUUAUUUAGCUGGUUCAGAAAGUUAACACCUCAUCAUCCAUCAGCAUUACUUGACGAAAAAAAUACCAGCGUACUUAAACGUGGACUGUCCCUUACACAAAUCAACAGACGAAAUCAGUUGCCACCGGUUACACCUAUACGUGAAUUUGAAAAGGUUAUUAAACAGGACGACCCUCAUCGAUUCUCAAAAUUAAAACAAAGAAUCCAACAUGCAUGUAUAUCGACCUCACCUGACUGUCAUUUCCCUUACCCAGCACUUUUAAAUAGACUACAAAUCGAAGAAGACCUGAUUCAGGAACAAAAGAAAAUGAUUUUAAAUGAUAGUAAACCCCAAACAAGGCCUAGCUCACAAAGACGUAGAUCAUCACUUAUGUCUACGUUUUCUUCCCCAAAAAGAAAUAGUUUUAUUGUUACAGACCUUCAACUGCCCCAAUCAUCCACCGCCUAUUCAUCAAUCCGUGCACCUGGAUUAUUAGCUGAAAGUAGAAAAGGGUUAGACCAUUUAAUGCUUGACACAACAUCACUCUACAGUUUCAAGCAUCACCAAAGUAUUACUUUAGGGUACUCAGUAUACCCAGUGGGCUGUCCUGAUCGACCAUGUUUGGGCCCAAUCAUGAGCAAAAUUGAUUAUUUUCGGUAUCAUGCACCAGAUGAUACAACGGGCAUUUUUCCGAAUAUUGACCAAACUUUAGGACAAAUGAUACGUCACUGGGCCGAAUCAAGUCAAUCCUCUUGUCAAGCUCACAUGGACCAACAAACACAAUUUAUUCCAGGCAUAAAGAUUGAGACACCAUUGCCAAUAAAUAGACCUGACCUAGAGACACCGAAAAAUUCUGAAUCAUCUUUAACAACAUUGGGAACUCUUCCGAAGCGUCAAUGCGGCAAAUUUAAUGGAUGUAACCAAACACUCGUCAAUCAUGUACACAGUUUUUCGCAUGGUAUCGGAAAGAUCAAUGUAUAUCUCAGCGUGAGUUCCAAUACGGCUAUGCAUGAUACUAAAAUUACCAGUUGGAUUUCGUGUGUUAUAUGUGAUAUGUCUACAAUACCUACUAUUCAGAAUGAGAAUACUGAUGCAUAUUCCUUUGCAAAAUAUUUGGAAUUGGUCUUUUAUUGCUCAAAGUUUUCAACGAUCGAGGGAUUAUGUAAGCAUGUGAAAGACAAAAACGCCAUCAAUCGUUGCUUUCACUUUAAUGGGGUGACAUUCAAGAUCAAUUACGAGGAUACAACCUAUUAUGAAUUGCGCAUACCUCGUAUACAGAUGGCAACAGAAGAUUCUGCGAUGGAUUCAUAUCUGGCGCCAAGAAUUGAUUUAUUGACACUUAAGGAUUGGAAAUCGAAAAGCGCCAUUCAAGACGUCGAUUUAUUCUUUCAAUCAGUGAGAACGCAUUUAAAUUUACUCAGUCAAUAUACAGAAGCCGAAGGACGGAGAAAGAUCCGUGGAUUGAUUAAUGAUGUAACAGGCGCCAAGAAAUGCCAGGCUGAAUUAAACUGUUUGGAUGGGGAGAUUAAGGCGCUGGGUAAAAGACUGGAUUCAGAUCACCAUGGGUUACUAGAAAUAUUAAAGGAUACGAAUGUCAAUGAAUUAAACGAUUUUAGACGGCACUUUGCUAUACAAUCCGAAUCAAUUAUACAAUAUUUAACAGAGUGGCAACACGCCAAAUGUAACGAAGUAACAGACACAAUUGGAUGGGAUGCCCCAGACUACAUAAGCACAAAAACAGUUCAUUGUUUUCCAGGAUCAUCUGUGCUAGUUCGCGAAAAUGAACCUACGUCCAUUAUUGCUUACACAUUGAGUUCAAAUGAAUAUGUUCAAGAAAUUUUGCAUGACCAUGAUAACAGCUACAAUGAAAAACUAGAUAAUAAAAACGUAUCCAUGUUUAGCUCAUCUUCAGCCGAAAGUAGCGCAAACGAAAAACACGAGUCUGUAUCACAUAACGACAAAAAACUAAUUGACGGCUAUUAUUCUAUGAUUGAGCGCAAAUACAUUUCUCCGUCUACAGGAGCAAGUACAGAAACAGCCUCCUUCCGUACAAUGGUGACCGAGGUAGUCAAAUCGAGCGUUGCCGAAGCGCAUAUUAGCAACAGCAAGCGUCUAGAAGAAUUGAAGGCGAGGUGGUUUCCUUGGUCUAAUCCCCAACAAGGUGAUUUGAAAAGGCAGAACUUGACCGAGCGUACUUUUAAACCGUUAUUUGCUUUACAACAGAAAGAAGAAACAAAAGAAGUUAAGGUCGCAUCCUACUUUUACGAGAAAAAUAAUUCACAGAUUGAUAUUAGUCCUCACAUCAAACACAAAUUCGUUCAUGAUGGCGUAGAAUUUACGUGCAUUGUAUAUUACGCAAGGGAGUUCGAAAUGUUGCGAAAACGGUGUGACAUUAACCAAUUAAUUAUACAAUCACUUUGCCGUUGUCAAUCAUGGACAGCAAGCGGUGGCAAAAGCAAAAGUCACUUCUACAAAACACAAGAUGAUAGGCUCGUAAUUAAAGAAAUGGUAAAUGCUUGGAAUGUCGCAGAAAAGGAUGCUUUUUUGAAGUUUGCACCAAAAUACUUCGAUCAUAUGAAAAUGUCGGCUAAUGAUCCUUCUGUGCUAGCAAAAAUCUUUGGUUUCUUUACAAUUAGAAUGAAAAAUACAUUAGACAAAAAAACUCCAGUAUUUAAUCUUGAUGUUAUGGUGAUGGAGCAUCUAUUUUAUAACCAAAAUAUUGUUCAUCGAUUUGAUUUUAAGGGAAUACAAGAUCGACAUGUGGAGGAAUUCCGCAAACAGCAACAGGAUACAACAUUGUGGGACGGUGACUGGAUUCAAGAUUACCGGACAAAAUUAUCAGUACAUGAACAGUCAAAAGCCAUAUUAGAAUUAGCAGUGGAGAAAGAUACGGAAUUUUUAUCUAAGAGCAAUAUCAUGGACUAUUCCUUAUUAGUUGGUAUUGAUAAAGAUAAACACGAAAUGACAGUCGGAAUAGUUGAUUUUAUUGGGACAUACACUUGGUACAAGAAAUUAGAAUCCAAAAGUAAAUCCACUUUACAGUUUCGUAAAGAAGUAACUGUUGUGCCUCCCGAACAAUACAAGCUUAGAUUCUGUAGAGAAGUGUCUGAUUAUUUUGUGCCAGUACCAGGUAAUUCAUGUUUUUUAUGACAUGACAAGAAACUAAUUGCCGCUUGCACAUUCGAACUUUUCAGGAAAAUUUGAUUUGGUUGUACCCUCCAAAAUUAUGCCUAGUCUAUUAAUAUAAUUAGACUGAAGGGGUAUCAACCUUUGCCACAUUAUACUGGAUUUUUGUCAAGGUUUCUUUAAUAAGCUUUUUAUUGCUACUAGCUCAAACAUCCAAAAUAGCUCUGAAAUUAGUCUACCUUUCUUAUUUUGCCCUAACUAAACGAAAAAAGAGCUAGAUAAAUAAAUCGACCUGCUUUCGAGCUAUGAAUAAUAAAAUCAUAAAUAAGACAUCACA